GUAUUCCACGAUUCCCUGUGAUUUCUUAUGGUUUUUGAAAAACCCUAUCAGUAAUCCGCAUUGCUCGUAGAUUCCUCUUCAGGUGAUCGCACAUUCAACUGCCUUUUCCUUUUUCUUUUUUUUUUAAUCUCUUCUUAUUCUCUUUCUCUCUGUUUAUAUAUGUAUUUAAUAUUCUCUCUUUGAUUUGGAGAUUGAAUAUCAAUCUUGGAAUAUAGAUGGAGGAGCUGAUUUUGGACCAAAAAGACGCCGCUGAUUGGGUCUACAGAGGUGAAGGAGCUGCUAAUCUUGUUCUCGCCUACACCGGAUCUUAUCCCGUCUUUAUUGGGAAAGUGAUGCGCAUACAAAAAGCACCAACAAAUGGGAAACAAGGAGUUAAUGGUAAUGGGGAAUUUACUGCCCAUGAACUGCUUCUCUGGGGAGAGAUCAAAGAGCUAAUGUCAUCUUCCUCAACUAGAGAAAUUGUAGAGCAACUCUAUGUCAAGCACGUCAUAAGCCCUUUGCUUGGUCCUAACCAUGUUGAUGCCGGGAUGCGUAUCCUUGUGACCAAGGAAUUUCUGGAGUCUGUUGAAAGGAAUGUGAUUUGUGAGCGUCCUGCUUGGCGAGUUGAUGCAGCUCAGAUUGAUAUGCAUCGUGAUUUUGUGCUUCUCAUUUCUGACCAUUCACUCUUUCUGAAUGAUACUCUUAAAGGUGGAAUGUGCAUAUCAGUUGAAAUAAAGCCCAAAUGUGGAUUUCUUCCAUUAUCAAGAUUCAUAGCUGAAGCAAAUGCCAUAAAAAGAAGUGUAACUCGUUUUGAAAUGCACCAAGCACUGAAGUUACAUCAAGAGGAGAUAUCAGAGUUAAGUAAAUAUGACCCACUGGAUCUAUUCUCUAAUUCUAGAGACAGGAUACACAGAGCAAUCAAGGCUUUGUAUGCUACACCUCAGAACAAUUUUCGUGUAUUCUUGAAUGGUUCUCUACUAUUUGGGGGCCUGGGUGGUGGCACAGAAAGUACUAGUUUUGUCACCAGUGAGGCCUUUGAAGAUGCACUUAAGCCUGUCAUUAAGGCAGAAAACGGUAUGCGUACUAUGAGUUUUAUACAGCUUGUUGCCGAUGCAUUUUAUGCUUCUGGAGUAUUAGAUCGCCUACUCGAAGUUCAAAAACUCGAUAGUUUGGAUAUUGAAGGGGCAAUUCAUGCAUAUUAUAACGUAAUUUCUCAGCCUUGCAUGGUUUGUAGAGAAUUGAAUGAAAAUAAAGUAUCAAAUUGUUUUACCUCGUUGCACUCCAUUCCUUUGGAUGAAAGCUUAAAGAUUGUGAAGGACUUUUUGAUUGCUGCAACUGCAAAGGACUGUAGCCUCAUGGUAAGUUUUAGACCAAGGGAAGGAAAGGAUGCUGGAUCUUCAUAUGAUAACAUACAUCUCGAGUCCACUAAACAAGCUUUUGAUUACAAGGUGUACUUUAUUGAUUUGGAUUUGAAACCUUUGAAGAAGAUGGAGGACUAUUAUGAGUUAGACAAGAAGAUAGUUAGUUGUUACUCCCAAAUGUUGCAAACUGAACAUGGAGUUGAUAAAGCUUCAAGGAGGAAUAGUCAUGGAACUAUAUUGAGAUAAGAUCCAUACCCCAGAAGUCACUUUGCUUGCUGAAGAUUGUACUGGUAUAUAAUUGAAUCUUCAUUGCUAUAAGUCAGUCUCCAGAUGAUUUGACUUUUUAAUAUAUGCUUAAUUGGUCAAUGUGAAAAGUAUUUUAUAGUUUUUAUGCAUCUUGGAUGUAAAUUUGUUCAUCUUGUGUGCUUGUCUCAUGAUUAUUCCUUGAAUAAUUUCCCUUUCAAUCAUAUUCAAGCGCUCUGUUAGUGGUUCUGUCAGCAACAAAUAUUAUUCCUUGAACUUCUCUCACUCUCUGUUUAUGUUAUUAAAAUUAAGAAUCAAGU